AUGUACACUGAACCGACCCCACUCAAAAAGGCUGGCGAUACCGUAUCCAAGCCGGGUGCACGUGGGCUGCAAAUGCAGCAAGCCAACCAAGGGCGCCUCAAGUCAGUAGAGCAUGUACAACACACUGCACCGACCCCAUUCAAAAAGGUGGGCGAUACCGUAUCCAAGCCGGGUGCACAUGGGCUGCAAAUGCAGCAAGCCAACCACAUGGAUACCACUACAAGCUGUAGCACUUGCAGAUCCACGACCCAGCAGCGCGUAUGGGCAUCAGUGCUCAAUAGCUCCAGUGGCAACCGAGCACUUCGGCCCUCCUCCAAGCCAUCGGUCACUGCGCAGCCACCUCUCCCAAAGGACCACCGCCAGCAAACUAACCAGCACCAACGACCCCAACAGCGACAACAACAACAACAAAAACAACAACAACAACAACAACCACAACAACAACAACAGCGCCAGAAGCAGCAGCAGCAACAACAGCACCACCAACACCACCAACACCAGCAACACGACGAGCAAUGGAGUACAGUUACCAGCCGCAAACUGAGAGGUUCUCUUGGCUCCCUGCGGAAAGUAUACUUUGUUGGCAAUAUUGAUGACAGUUGCGACGCAGACUCCAUAACGUCCCACUGUGUCCAGAAUGGCAUCACACCAACAGCUUGCCGCACCUUUCCUUCUCGCAAGCAUGUAGGCACAAAAGCUGCAAGGCUUACAGUCCGUGAAGACCAAUGUGCAGCCAUCGAGGCAGAUGGGUUUUGGCCAGCGCCCAUUCAGGUUCGGCGAUGGGACUUCAGCGAGGCAAAUAGGCCUACAGCCACCAAAUAA